GCUUAACCCGCCGUGCAGGAAAUCAUCGACAUUACUUGCAUGAAUAUGCAGGACAUGGGCGGCAAUCUACACACUACUACCUGUUCAGGCCCAAUCGUGUAUGCCUUGGUAGUAUUCAUGUGUGGCUGCUGUUUGGACUGGAUGUUUACUGUUUCUUUGACCCUCACCCCCUUUUCUGUUCUAGAAGGCGGGACGAACGGACGGCUGCCGCGGCAGAGACCGCGCACCGCCCAGCUGGCACAACGUGUCCGCUUACCGGUAAUUACCAUUCCAUUUGCCACCUCUCUUCUCCUGAGAUGGAUGUUGGUCGAAUCUCGGCUCGCCCGUUAGCACCUCUCCGGCGUGCGCCCAUGUCCGCAUGC